GUGGCCUGAGGCACUGGGCUGGGUGAGUGAGGAGCGUCCCAGCGGGUCCUCCCGGGGCUUCGGUCUGAGGAUGGCCUCAACCGUUCAGAAAAGCUGGGGGGAGCUGCGCUCCAGAGGUGGGUGGAGGGCUCUGCCCGUGGAAGGGGUCCGGCUGAGUCAGACCAGGUUUCUGGGGAGCCCAAGAGCUCGGCUACCCCUGCCCUGGGUGAGGCUGGGCGAGGGUGGCCAAGGGCCCAAGUGUCCUCUCUGCACUGUCAGCAGAGGUUCAGAGGCAUCUUGGGAGGGAGGGGUGCCCCCAGAGUGCUCCCCCAUGACCUCAGCCCCACCUCCCUAGGCCUCCCCUCCCCACCGAGAGGCCUGCUCUCUCCAGAGGUUCUACUUGGGUCCUACCCCAGCUGCCCGUUCCUCCCUGGGCCCCUCGGCCCUGACAGCCAUCCCAGCCUGGUCUAGUGGCGAGUGAGUGCAGCCACGGGUCAGGGCCCAGCUGACCAGCUGGCCGGGGGAAGUCCUGAGGACGGGAUGAGGGCCCGGCUGUGGCUGAGCCAGUCGGGGGUGGAGUGGCUGGCAGAGGGACAGCGGACCUCUCGCUCAGGAAGCUCCUGUGGGACCUGCAGAUGCGCCCUCUGGGAGGGGCGAGUGGCUGAGCGCAGUGUCCAGGGGCGCCUGCAUUGGGCGCAGUCCCGCUGUGGCUGGAGAAGCUCUGGCUUUGCCGUCAGGAGGGGACAGCUGGACAGAAGGCUGAGCACCAUGGGCACCCAGGCGCACCCCCACCUAGGGGUCUGCCUCUGGCUGUGGCUGGGUGUCCCCCUGGGACUUGGUCCAGAACAAGCAAACGGCCACCUGCAGCUCGCUGUGCUGCCCGAGGACCAGCUGCAGAUACAGUGGGCAGAGUCGGAGGGGCAUGGCCUCGGCUACCUGGUGCAGGUGAAGCCCGUGGCAGGGGACGUGGAGCAGGAGGUGAUGCUGACCACCAAGACCCCCAAGGCCACAGUGGGGGGCCUGAGCCCCUCCAAGAGGUACACCUUGCAGAUCUUUGAGCUCAUCAGCUCAGGGAACGUCCUGCUGGCUCAGAGGGAGUUUGUGAUCAAGGAUUUGAGGAGUCACUCUGUGAGCGGAAGCAGCUGGAGACCGCUGGGGGCAGCUCUAGAGCCCACACCUACCCACAUCGGGAGUCUAGACCCUGACCCCCGAGUCAUCUUGGCCCCAAGCCAAGACCCGCCCACUCUGGGUGGGUCCAGGUGGGAUGAGGGAUUUCCUGGCAAGGAUCAACGCUCCCCCAGAGGCCCCGCGGGAACGGCCCCCGCUCAGCUCAGCCCAGGAAGGCCCGGCCGCCCCAGGAUGUCUGCGGGAAACAGAGAGAAGCCAGCUGGCCUCCAGUUCCAUUGCACGCCCCCCACACCCGCCGACAUGAUCUUCCUGGUGGACGGGUCUUGGAGUAUUGGCCACAGUCACUUCCAGCAGGUCAAAGACUUCCUGGCCAGCAUCAUCGAGCCCUUUGAGAUUGGGCCGGAUAAAGUCCAAGUGGGCCUGACUCAGUACAGCGGAGACCCCAAGACCGAGUGGGACCUGAACACCUUCAGCACCAAGGAGGAGGUGCUGGCUGCCGUGCACAGCCUCCACUACAGAGGGGGAAACACGUUCACAGGCCUGGCCCUGACCCACGUGCUAGAGCAGAACCUGAAGCCUGCAGCAGGUCCCCGUCCAGAGGCGGCCAAGGUGGUGAUUCUAGUGACGGAUGGCAAGUCCCAGGACGAUGCUCCUGCUGCUGGCCGCACCCUCAGGAGCCUGGAUGUUGACAUCUUUGCUGUGGGCGUGAAGAAUGCUGAUGAGGCUGAGCUGAGGCUCCUGGCGUCCCCGCCGCUGGACAUCACCGUCCACAGCGUGCAGGACUUCCCCCAGCUCAGCACACUGGCCGGCCUGCUCAGCCGCCUCGUUUGCCAGCAGGUCCAGGGCAGGAGCCCACGUCCAGGCCCAGUUCAACCGGCAGCAGCCACUCCAGCCCUGGACCCCCUCUCCGCUCCCACCAGCCUCGUCCUGACCCAGGUGACCUCCUCCAGCGCCCACCUGUCCUGGACUCCAGCCCUGCAGCCGCCGCUCAAGUACCUGGUGGUGUGGCGGCCUUCUAGGGGCGGGCCCCCCCGGGAGGUGGAGGUGGACGGGCCCCGCACGUCCGUGGAGCUGCAUGGCCUGACCUCCGGCACGGAGUACCUGCUGUCCGUGCUCCCCGUGUACGAGGCGGGGGCGGGGGCGGGCCUGCAGGGCCUGGUGACCACAGUGCCUCUGCCUCCGCCCCAGGCACUCGCCCUGGCCACAGUGACUCCCAGGACCAUCCGCCUCACCUGGCAACCCUCAGCGGGGGCCACCCAGUACCUGGUGCGGUACUCUCUGGUUUCCCCCAAGGGCGAGGAGAAGGGCAGAGAGGUGCGGGUUGUGCAGCCGGAGGUGCUGCUGGGUGGCCUGGAGCCGGGCAGGGACUACGACAUCCGGGUGCAGAGCCUGCAAGGUGCACAGGCCAGCGAGGCUCGGGGCAUCCACGCCAGGACCCCUCCCCUGGCUCCCCCCAGACCCCUGACCUUCUCAGACGUGAGCCAUGACUCGGCCCGUGUGUCCUGGAGGGGCACCCUGAGGCCGGUGCAGCUGUUCAGGGUCAGCUACUUGUCCAGCAAGGGCGGCCACUCGGGGCAGAUGGAGGCUCCCGGCAAUGCCACCUCAGUCACUCUGGGCCCUCUCUCCUCCUCCACCACCUACACCGUCCGAGUCACCCGCCUCUCCCCCGGGGGCGGCUCCACCACCAUGGCCGGCCGCCUGACCACACGGAAAGUCCCCAGCCCCGGCCGGCUGGCCGUGACACAGCUCCCUGGCGGGGAGGUCCAGCUGGCGUGGGCGGCCGCAGCGGCGUCCGGCGUGCUGCGCUACCAGAUCAAGUGGACACCUCUGGGGGAUGGGAAGGCCCAUGAGGUCUCCGUCCCCGGGAGCCUGCGCACGGCCGUCCUGCCCGGCCUCGGGGGGCACCUGGAGCACGAGAUCACCCUCCUGGCCUACUACAGGGACGGGGCCCGCAGCGACCCCGUGUCCGUCCACUACAGCCCCCUCAGCUGGAGCCCACCCUCCAACCUGACCCUGACUUCUGAGUCACCAAACAGCCUACUGGUCAGCUGGACGCCCCCCACUGGCCACGUCCUCCACUACCGGCUCACGUACACGCUGGCCUCGGGCUCUGGACCAGAGAAAUCAGUCUCUGUUCCAGGACCCAGGAGCCAUGUGACGCUCCCUGACCUGCUGGCAGCUACCGAGUACAGGGUCCUGGUCUCCGCGGUGUACGGAGCAGGGGAGAGUGUGGCAGUGACUGCUACAGGCCGCACGGCCUGCCCAGCCCUCCACCCAGAUGGCUCCCUUGCAGGCUUUGACCUCAUGGUGGCCUUCGGGCUGGUGGAGAGGGAGUACGCCUCCAUCCGCGGGGUGGCCAUGGAGCCCUCUGCAUUUGGCUCCACCAGGACCUUCACGCUCUUCAGAGACGCUCAGCUGACACGCCGAGCCAGCGACAUCCACCCGGCCCUCCCGCCCGAGCACACCGUCGUCUUCCUCCUGCGCCUCCUCCCCGACACGCCCCGUGAGGCCUUCGCGCUGUGGCAGAUGACAGCUGAGGACUUCCGCCCUGUCCUCGGGGUCCUGCUGGACGCAGGCAGAAAGUCCCUGACCUACUUCAGCCACGACCCCGGGGCGGCCUUGCAGGAGGUGACCUUUGACCUGCCCGAAGUGAGGAGGAUAUUCUUCGGGAGCUUCCACAAGGUGCACGUGGCCGUGGGACGCUCCAGGGUCCGGCUCUAUGUGGACUGCAGGAAGGUGGCCGAGAGGCCCAUCGGAGCGGUGGGCAGCCCUCCUGCCGCCGGCUUCGUCACGCUGGGGAGGCUGGCCCUGGCCCGGGGCCCCCGGAGCAGCUCGGCUGCGCUCCAGCUGCAGCUGCUGCAGAUCGUGUGCGGUGACACCUGGGCAGAGGAGGACAGGUGCUGCGAGCUCCCUGCGUUGAAGGAUGGAGAGGCCUGCCCUGCCUUCCCUCCCGCCUGCUCCUGCUCCUGCUCCUCGCAGACACCUGGGCCUCCGGGACCCCAAGGGCCUCCAGGCCCCCCUGGCAGGAAUGGAGCCUCAGGACAGCAGGGCUUCCCCGGGCCCAGGGGAGAGCCCGGGCCACCUGGACAGACCGGACCCGAAGGUCCUGGAGGUCAGCAGGGGUCACCAGGGACCCAGGGCCGAACUGUCCAGGGACCUGUGGGUCCGCCAGGGGUCAAAGGAGAGAAGGGGGACCGUGGACUCCCGGGCCUGCAGGGUCACCCCGGCCGCCAGGGCGACCCCGGGGAGGCUGGCCUCCAGGGUCCAAAGGGCAUGAGAGGCCUGGAGGGCACCGCUGGCCUGCCCGGACCCCCUGGGCCCAGGGGCUACCCAGGCAUGGCGGGAGCCAGGGGCACCAGUGGGGAGCGAGGAGCCCCAGGGACUGUGGGGCCCACGGGCCUGCCUGGGCCCAAGGGGGAGCGAGGAGAGAAGGGCGAGCCGCCGUCCUUGGCCGCCAUCUACCAGCUUGUGAGCCACGCCUGCGAGUCCGCCAUCCAGACCGCAGCCGCAGCCGUGGCUCAGGCGGGCAGCCCUCAGCCAGAGGGGAGCCCGGCUCCAGGAGCCCUGGGAGGAGCAGGGGAGCCCGGCCUGGGGACAGGAGGUACCGGAGGUGUGCGGGGCUUGGGGGGCCAGGGGGCCGCCUCAGGGGGCGGGUGUGCACCGGGAGGACACCUGGGCCAGGCAGGCGCAGUGGGGACGGGGAGCACUGGCCGAGGGCAGGGUCCUGCAGAGGGCUCCCCUCGUUUCUGCCCUGCUCACAGCCAGAUGGGCUCACCGGACAGGGGCUGGCGGGCUGACCGGGUCAGCUGUCCCUUGCGCCCCCAGACCUGCAGGUCUCCUCUCCCCUCGUGCCAGGCCGCCUGGAGUGACCUCGCCUCUGCCCUGCAGUCUCAGAGGAGCCGGAGAGUGGGAGCAGCCGAGGCGGGCGCAUGGCAGGAGGUGGCUUCUCUCUGUGCUGUUCCCUCCGCCACAUAAACCUCUUAUGGGAGCGUGUGCAUCCAUUAAUCGAGUCAGACUCCCACCUUCCCCCACGGUCUCCCUGUCGCCUUGGGGCCCCCCUUCCCUCGAGGCAGGCAGCCCCCCCUUCCCUCAGGCUC